AUGCCCAUGGCCGCCAUGCUGUCUCUCACACACAUAGCCGUCACAUCUGAAUUUCGCCUACACGCCCUCAUCGCCAACUCUCAGGCUGCGAAUAGGCGCUACAACGAUUGCUGCCCUGAAACUCAGCCUAAGGCAUGCUGGACAGGCACCGACUGGGGCCCCAUCGGCACCAUACAGUUCACCAUUAGGUUCCCGACCAAGCACCUGUGCGGCAUGGCCGCCGUCCACAUCCAAAGUGCGAUCCGAGGGCACAUGGAAAGGAAGAAGCUGGCCGCGAUUGCGGCGGCGGCCAGGACAGCGCAGCGGCAGCUGACCAAAUCUCCCAGGUCGCCGGAGGCCAGCGCCAACAGAGAUGGCAGCGACCACAGUGCGCAAACUCCCAGGCGCGAGUAG